UGGAAACAACCGGGUGAACGUAUUUCACUUCUAGUACCGCAAUUCUUCAUAUUAGUCUUGUUUGUUUUUAUAGUGAGGUUCUAAAAUAUUUAAUUUGUUUAAUAAUGGAAUCCAAACGAAUUAUUUUGGAUGAUGAUAAAAAAUUUAUGUUGAUGAAGUUCAAAAGGAACGUGAUGGACGUUAUGCAGCCUCACUUCGAUGAUUAUUUCCUGCUGAGAUGGCUUAGAGCGAGAUCGUGGAACCCAGAGGCUGCGGAAAAAAUGUUGAGACAGUCGAUGAAAUGGAGGUUGCAAUGGGAGGUGGACGGGGCCCUGAAGACGUGGACACCACCGGAAGCGGUGGAACUCUAUCAUCCUAGUGGAACCUGUGGGACUGACAGAGAGGGUGCCCCUGUGAUCGUGGUACCGUUCGCCGGCCUGGAUAUCGUAGGGUUGUUGCAUUCGGUGGCGCGACAAGAUCUGAUCAGAACCACCAUCAAAAUUCUGGAGGAAAAUUUGCAAAUAGCUCAAGAAACUGGCGCCAGACAAGUGGUGGUCGUUUUUGAUAUGGACGGGUUUAAUUUGAGACAGUACGCUUGGAGGCCUGCUGCUGAAGUCGUAAUUUCUCUGAUCCAGAUGUACGAGGCCAACUAUCCGGAAAUUCUCAAGGCUUGUUACAUCGUCAAUGCACCAAGAGUGUUUGCGAUAGCCUUCAACAUUGUUAAGAAGUUUCUGAACGAAUACACCAUCGGUAAAAUACAAAUCUUCAAAAGCGAACCCAAGAAAUGGAAAAAAGUGUUAGUGGAAAACAUUGGUGCCGAAAAUCUACCCGCCUACUUCGGAGGAAAUCUGUGUGAUCCGGAUGGGAAUCCCAAGUACACCACCAAGGUGAAACAGGGAGGAAAAGUACCAAAAUCUUAUUAUACAAAGAACCUACAAGUGCCAGACACAAACAACCAAAGAGAAUAUGUAACUGCAACUAUCAAGAAGGGUGACAAGCUCGUCCUGGACUUUAUUGUAGCUGAUGAAGGAUGCUUUUUAAGGUGGGAUUUCAAGACAGAAGGUCACGAUAUAAGAUUCGGAGUAACACUGAAAGACGCUGAUGGGAAUACGAGUCCUGCAAUUCAUCACAGGCGUGUUGCUUCGCAUCAGAUAGCCGAAAGCGGUGUCUUGGCGUGCCAGGCACCUGCCACAUAUACUGUUACUUUUGACAACAGUUACAGUCUUUUGAGAAGUAAGAAAAUCACAUAUUGUGUUUAUGUAACACCACCACUAAGUAAAAUGGACAUUUUGCCAUCUGAGGACGCCAAAAUUGAAGAUCUCAUUAAGGACAAAGAUGAAACUACUUCAUCAUCCCACCCUAACAGUAUUGUAGAACCUGUACACUGAGUAUCAUUGUAAAUAAAUAGCCAAAGGUGAUAGAUUAAUUAAAUAUUUCAAUGUGAUGGUUAUUUUUAAUAUAUUGUUGAUUUUUAUACUUUGAUAAUAAAAAGCAUUUUAAUUGGAA